GCGCGUACGUGGGUGUGGCGUGCAUGCGUGGCGUGUGCCGAAGGUCGAGCAAAGCCAUCUCUAUGGUAAUGUAGCUUUGUCUCAAUGAUUGAUGCAUUCAGACGCUAGUUACUAGAAGCGGUCUCUCCCUGAUCCUCUGGCUGCGUACGUAUAAAAGAUAUACGCGUCUUUAUACAGUACAUUGAACAAACAAUAGGUAACCCGGGAAGGGUAGGGCUAUAAAAUUUUAUCUGUUGGUCACUUGAAUCCGUUGACGCCACUUGACAAGGCUGUGACUAAACUCGCCUUGGCCCUGGAGGCAUCAAAGGACCCCUCUAAGCGCGAUAUCUUGGCAUUCCCUCUUAUAAUUUAGCAGAAGGUCGCACUCUUUGUAUGAAUGCAAUGCCACUUCAAGGUCGAAAAGGUUCCGAGUCUCUGUCUUCAAACAGGUCAAGACGCGCAAAAACAGGCGACACUGACUCCCACCGCCGCAGCGAUGCAGGCAAAAGCAACACGUCCUCGCAACAGAGCGGACAGGCGCAUAGACAUGCGAAUGGUGGUAAAAAACAAAUUACUGUUAAAAGCACUAAAGCAAGCAGGAGGGUGACGUUGAAGACUGGGACGAGUGGGGAAGAUCCCGGACCACGGGCGAGCUCGAAGUCAAGUCGUGAUUCAGUUACAUCAAAGGGAACCGCUGAAACAACCAAGCAUAGCGUUGACAAUAGAAAACUGCGAACAACUGACAGCCACAUUACUAAGAGUGGUAGAAAAGCAAGCCAUUCAAAGAAACCAAGGAAACGCACGAAACCUUUCAGGCUGACUGUCGGCGGGAAAAUUGAUGCAAGGCACACUGGGCAUUGGGACUUACUUACAGCACAGCUAGCAAUUGCUAUUGCCAAUGUGUAUGAGUCUUUGUCCCAGGAAACAGCCCGAACAGCUUCGCCAAGUCGAACCAGAGAAGUUGCACAACAAGCCCUUAGAUCAGAUGCUUUUGGGAUUUAUACUUGGAUCGUUGCCAUAGUCAAGUUUGGCGACAACCCCGGACUCGAGGUUGACCUUGUAGUCGACACUGGCUCCGGACUUACUCAUGUUGACGAGAAGCUCAUUCGUGACUGUUGUGACGAUUCGCUCAAACAAAGCAAGAUUCAGCCCGAACGGUACGUGAAAGAAAUUUUUGGGACAGAUCCCGUCUCAACAGAAGGUCCACUUUAUAAAACGACAAUCACUGUGGGAAAUACUAAGAGGGUUGAAAUCAAGGAGCAAAUGUUCUUCGUCGCUAAGAAUGCAAAAUACAACGGUGUGCUUGGUCUGGGUCCCCGCAGUCUUACAAAGGGAACCAUUGUUGACCAUCCUGAAGAGACGGUACCUACAGUGCUGGAAAAUCUGAUGGGACAUGACGACUUGGACAAGGGCGUAUUAGGUUUACAUAUUUUGCCGUUUCCAACAGGAGGGGAUGGUGCAUCUUUCACAGGAUAUUUAGAUUUCGGAGGAGUCGAUGAAAGUUCAUUCACACAAAACAUGGUCUACAUGGAUAUGACUGAUACCGGACUGACCGCGGACUACUAUGGUCUUGAAGCAAAACUGACAUAUGGCGACAGUGGACUUUAUAUUAUUGGGUCAAGGG